CCCCCGCCCCAGCGCCUUAAAUGCCUCGGCCGCGGCGGCAACAAAGGCGGGCGGCGGCCGUGAGGGAGCGAGGGGCCGGCCGAGGGUCGGCGGGGCGGGGCUGCCGCCGAGCGCCUGAGGGUCGGCGGCUAGAGAACUCAAUUUAAAGGGACAUGGGAGCAUGAAGAAUUGCAUGGAGAGAACAGAUGUGCUGUAUCUCCUACAGCUCUUACCUGGCAAUCUGCUGCUGCCUGGAAGGGAUUGACAGGAACCUCUGUGGACAGCAAAGGAACCUGGAGAUGAAGUGAAGUUGGUGUGGUAGAACACUGCUGCUUUUUCAGUGCCAGCCCUGCCAUCCCCAACAGGGAUGAACUCUGGGUAUUUUUUGAACUCUUCAGCACAUCACAGAUCUGUUGUUUUGGGACAUCCUGCUUAAGCCCCUGGAGGAAAAUCUGCCAACAGCCAAAAAUGACUUGAGUUGGAGAGCUGCUGCUUUAUCCACAGGGCCAGCUUCCAGUGUCCCGUCUGGAUGCACCGUGCACUAUGGUUCACAUCAAUGUGUUGAAAAAGUUCAUGUGUGUUCUUGUGGUGGUCCUGGUAGCACUGACAGUUUGCCUGUGGAGAGAAACAAGAAGAAACUACUAUGAUCCUUUGAAGACCAGGAAUGAUGAUUUGCAGGGGCACAGGAGUUUGGAGAAGUGGAACACUGUUAAAUCACAAAGCCUUUUCCAUGAAGCAGCCAGUGAACUGGGGCAGGUAUCCAAAAUGUGGCUUGGUACCCAAAACAAAGUAAAGGGCAGCACCUCUGAAACAGAUGAAAAGUCCAAGAAAGCAGCCUUUGGGAAGGUAUGGGAUAAGGACAGCUCAUCUAGAAAUCUCAUACCCAGGCUGCAGAAGGUCAGGAAAAACUACCUGGCCAUGAACAAGUACAAUGUGACUUACAACGGGAAGAGGAAUGCUAAGCUCAGCCCAGAGAAGUUGCUGUGCCAGCUGCGGGACAGAGUCAACGUGACCAUGAUCCAGAGGUCGGAUGGUCCUUUUGGUACCUCUGAGUGGCAGCAAUACCUGCCAGGGAAAAGCCUCAGUGAAGCAGUGGGACACCUGGGUCGCUGUGCUGUCGUGUCCUCAGCAGGGUCUCUGAAAUCAUCUCGCUUGGGACAAGAGAUAGACAGCCACGACGCCGUCUUGCGCUUCAAUGGGGCUCCUGUCAGGGGCUUUCAGGAUGAUGUGGGGCAAAAGACAACAAUUCGUCUUGUGAAUUCCCAGCUUGUAACUGUUGAAGAGCAGCAGUUCCUGAGGGAACCAUUAUAUAACACUGGAAUCUUAAUUGUCUGGGAUCCAGCACCAUAUCAUGCAGAAAUUCAUGAGUGGUACAGAAAACCAGAUUACAACUUUUUUGAAAGCUAUAAGGCGUAUCGUAGAACACAUCCAGAGCAGCCCUUCUAUAUCCUGAAUCCCAAAAUGCAGUGGCAACUCUGGGAUAUUCUGCAGGAGAAUUCCCUGGAGCAUAUUCAGCCUAAUCCACCAUCAUCAGGAAUGCUUGGCAUCGUGCUGAUGAUGACGCUGUGUGACCAGGUGGACGUGUACGAAUUCCUGCCCUCCAAGCGGCAGACAGACAUCUGCCACUAUUACCAGAAGUUCCAUGACCACGCCUGCACCAUGGGAGCUUACCACCCCCUCCUGUUUGAGAAGAACUUGGUGAAGCACUUGAACCAGGGCACCGAUGAGGACAUCUACACUCACGGCAAAGUCACCCUGCCUGGCUUCCAAAAAGUGCAUUGCUGACAGAUUGGUUUUACUGUGUUUCGUUUUCCUUGACUUUCAAAGCACUUUUUAAAUCAGGGUUCUCAGAUUUGUUAGGUCUAAGCACUGGUGUGUUUUGACAGCUCUUCCAUGUAGCAAGGCUUGCUCUUAGGACUUUGUUGACCAACUCUGAGCUGCAAGGCUCACUGUGGUACAGCCACUGACCUGCAUGAGUCACUGCAAUAAAUGGACUCCCAGUGGAGCCAGGCUCUUGCAGCACACAGAUACCUCUGGCUUCAUCUCAGCCGAUGACAGGGUAGGGGAGGCACAGGAGAGGCUUUCUAAGCAGAUUGCACAAGUCAGGUUCAUACAAUGAACAUAGUUUGGUUUGCUUCAAAGAGGUUGUGACUGCCAAAAACCUGGGCCAUUGGGAAACAUGAAAAAUCGUUUAAAAUUUGUUCCCAUAGUCAGAGGCUCUUCAGAGUAGGGAUGAUUUCUGGAAAUGCUGUCAAGCUGUGUAAUGAUAAACGAAAAUUCUAGUCCAAAAUAUUUGAUUUUAUAAACAGUCUGUGAACUUGCUUCCAAAUUGUAAGACUUCUGAAACCACUCAGGUGACAUUUUUGGCAAAGGAAAAGGAAAGCAAUUCAUAAUUCAGUGAAUCUUGCAAGACUUUUUAAUCUUCUUACUUUUUUUUUUAAUAAUUUAAAAUAAAUUUUAGUAAUCAUUUAAUUCUCCAGUACGGUGCUGGGCUUGGUACAGAAGAACCCUUAUUAUCAGAAAGGUUUUGGGAAGCUGCUCCAAGGCACAAACUGGAGAAGACACUGGAAGUCAGUGCCUUUUUCCAUCUCUCUGCUGCUCUACCUUUGCAAUUGUUGAAUUACUUGUACCCAUUAACACAAACACCACAGAGCUGCUGCUAGAUGAGUUCCAGCCCUCUGCAAGCCAACAGAGGGGGUCUCUCAAUUGCUUUUGUGCAUAGGUGGGGAGCAGGUUUGCUACUUCCAUGCUUCAGGAGUGGUGGGGAGGGAGAGUGUGCUCUGCUUCUCAUUCUGAAACACAGGCAGAGCUGAGAAGGGCAGCCAGCAAGGUGAAAGGUGCAAUCUCAGUGUCUUAGUGAGAACGCCUUCCCUGUCUUCUGUACUUGUGUCUUUCAUCAGGUCUGUUAAGAAGGCUUUCUCCUGUUUUGAAUAAAUCCUGUGAAGUCGUUGGCCUGA